AUGGCGAGCUCGUCUGUGGCGGCGGACAUGGAGCUGGACCGCCCGAACCUGGAGGACUACCUCCCGCCCGACUCGCUCCCGCAGGAGGCGCCCCGGAAUCUCCAUCUGCGCGAUCUGCUGGACAUCUCGCCGGUGCUAACCGAGGCGGCGGGGGCCAUCGUCGAUGAUUCAUUCACGCGUUGCUUUAAGUCGAAUUCUCCAGAACCAUGGAAUUGGAACAUAUAUUUGUUCCCCUUAUGGUGCUUCGGUGUAGUAAUUAGAUAUGGAAUACUCUUCCCACUGAGGUCCUUAACACUUGCGUUAGGAUGGUUAGCAUUUUUUGCCGCCUUUUUCCCCGUCCAUUUCUUAUUCAAAGGUCAAGACAAGUUGAGAAGUAAAAUUGAGAGGAAGUUGGUUGAAAUGAUGUGCAGUGUUUUUGUUGCUUCAUGGACUGGAGUGAUCAAGUACCAUGGACCACGCCCAAGCACACGACCUCAUCAGGUAUUUGUUGCAAACCAUACAUCAAUGAUAGAUUUCAUUAUUCUGGAGCAAAUGACGGCAUUUGCUGUCAUCAUGCAGAAGCAUCCUGGAUGGGUUGGAUUUAUUCAGAAGACUAUCUUGGAAAGUGUGGGUUGCAUCUGGUUUAACCGUAAUGAUCUCCGGGAUCGUGAAGUUACGGCACGGAAGUUGCGUGACCAUGUUCAACAACCAGACAACAACCCUCUCUUGAUUUUCCCAGAAGGAACUUGUGUUAACACCCAGUACACGGUCAUGUUCAAGAAGGGUGCCUUUGAGCUUGGCUGCGCUGUCUGUCCAAUAGCUAUCAAGUACAAUAAAAUAUUUGUGGAUGCCUUCUGGAACAGUAAGAAGCAAUCUUUUACAAUGCACUUGGUCCGACUGAUGACAUCAUGGGCUGUUGUGUGUGAUGUUUGGUACUUGGAGCCUCAAUAUAUGAGGGAGGGAGAGACUGCAAUUGCGUUUGCUGAGAGAGUAAGGGACAUGAUAGCAGCUAGAGCUGGUCUUAAGAAGGUUCCGUGGGAUGGCUAUCUGAAAUACAACCGCCCUAGUCCCAAACACGCUGAAGAGAAGUGA